AGGUUAACGAAGAAAAAUUCAGAAUUGCUCAAGUCAUUGAGACUCCGUUAAAGUCUGAUCUGGGUGUUCUCAUUUGAAAGUUUUGAAUAUCAAUAAGGUUCUGGCUGCACAUUUUACAGGCACAUGAUGAUUGUCAUUUCGCUGAUGCUCCUGUUGUCAAUGCUGAGUUCAUUAAUUCAAGGCUUCGAAACCACUUCUGGAAUCCCAGGGGUACCCGGUUGUCAUGGAAUACCAGGGAUAUCUGGCAAAGACGGCAGAAAUGGUAUACAAGGAGCAAAAGGAGAUCCAGGUGUCCCUGGCUUCGCUCUCUCUCAGGGUGGAGAUGGCGAGAAAGGUGAUGAAGGAGACACUGGCCCAACUGGAAAGAGAGGGCGAAGGGGGCCUCCAGGGGAAAGGGGGGAUCCAGGCAAUGUGGGAGAGAAAGGAGACAAAGGGCGAUCAGGAGACCACAAGAGCACAUUAAAAUCUGCCUUUUCUGCAAAGAGAGGGGGACACACAUAUCCACCACGGGAGACCCAAAUCAGAUUCAGUAAAAUCAUAUCUAAUGAUCAAAAUCACUAUAACAGUGACACAGGUGUGUUCACCUGUAACAUAACCGGUUUUUAUUACUUUGUGUACUACGCAACGUCAGAUAAUAAUUUAUGCGUUAACUUGAACAUGAAUGGAAUAAAGAAAGCUGGCUUCUGCAAUCACGGCCAGUUCUAUCAGGCCAGUUCUGGAGGAAUUGUACUCCACUUGCGGGUCAAUGAUGAGGUUUGGCUUGAAGCAACAGAUUACAAUGCCAUGAUGGGGAAAGAAGAUCAUGACAGUGUCUUCAGUGGAUUUCUUCUCUUUCCAGAUUAAGAAUUCAAAGAAAAUGUUUGGCUGAAUGCUCUGUUGGAAAUUUUAAAAGUUUGUCUUUAUCAUGUGGCUGACAUUUGCCUAUUAAAAUUGAGAUAAAUCAUAUCAGCUUCCUUCUCACAGUUGUGAUAUGUAUUCACUGUUGCCAAUUUAUGAACUGUCCCUGUUUGAGUACCCACUACAAGUUAUGAUGUCAGUGUUGAGGACGCUUUUAUCCUUCUCUCAUUGAGGAACUGCAUCCCUCACCAGCUAUGAAACAAGUUACAUCUUGGUCAAAGUCGAUUAGAAGAGUACAGACUAUUGCAGGUACAAAGUAUUAUUACAAAAAGGCAGAUUAGAUGAUUGUACUCAUGAGUAGAAUUUCUAAUGUGGAGGACUGUGUUAUGUUGCAGCAUAGUUGUUUAUGCUGACUCCAUCCAUUAUUGACCACAAUGAGAUUUAACUAAUUUCAUUGCUAAACGUAAUGGGUCUAUCCCAGUGAGGGAAUACUACCAAUACUCUGGCACAAACCAAUGAUUUAGACAAUGCAUUCAGUGCCGCACAGUCAGACCUUACUCUCCUUUUCCUCAGCUAUUUCAAUCUCACGUGUAAUAUGUUAUGGGAUCUCUGUUCUCCUCUUCCUGCUCCCUGACCUGGGCCCCACUGAGAUGGCCUUGUGUUGGUCUUGCUACUUAAGUCCCAUAUAAAAAACAUGGAUAGCUCAUGAGAGAUAGUAGCAUUUAAUUCAUAAGUUCUUUGUUCGACACUCAAAAGCCCCACUGUUUCUGCUAUCUUUCAAUACUAACCUUGACAGACCAUUGACAAAACAUCGCACCAUUCAGACAUUGAUCAGUUGCAUUUACAGCAUAACUGCCCUCACUGUUAGCUCAAACUGAAAGUCUAAUCAUGGGUUCUGUAAGAGAUAAUUUUAGUUCAGCCAAAAAGUGUUAAUCAAUUAUAGAGUUUGGUUCACUGAAUAUUCUACUUUCAACAGAGAAGCAAAGUACACUUUGUAAAAUGUAUAAAUUUAAAAUUUGUUUACCAAUGAUGACUUACAUACUUCAGCAGCAACUUCAAUAAAUCUGUAAACUUGCCUGAAAAGGUACUGCCCAAUUGGGAGUUAUCCCUCUAUGUAUAGUGAUUCUCACUCUACUAUAUAUCAUGAGAAACAGCCAGGAGAUAGAUGUUACUUGUUGAUUGUUGUAUUUCCUGUGCUAAUAAUCAUAGUCUUUUUCUGCAUUAAAACUGUAUGUGGACUCACAAGCAAUUUAUUCAAGAAAGCUUUCAAUAAAUGUGUUUUACGUUGUA